CACUCUUAGAGAGAAUCCUAAAGAAGCAGUAUGGUUAUCCCAUGACAAUAGAUGAAAAGAGGGUUUUCAUGGCGGCUUUUGUGCUUUAUGUCACAACGAAGCUUUUGGCACCGCAAUCCUGCGCAAACUUCAUAUCUCCUAGGUAUAUUAUGGCUGUUUCUGAUGUUGACAAUAUAAAACAGUACAACUGGUCCCAAUUCGUUGUAGAUGAGGUGAAGAAAGCAGCAGAAUCAAUGCCCACCUGCUUUCCGAAUAAGGCUCAACUAUCCAUUAACGGGUGUAUCAUCUUUCUAAUGGUAAAAUAUUUGAGAAAUCUCCAGUUCCGGAAGGUUGGGAUCACAUGUGUUAAAACAUGUCACAUUUCUCAGUUUGAGGAUGAUCAAAUUGCUAGGAUGAUUCAACAAGAUGUAGUUAGUAAACAUAACCCAGGAUUCCCCUUCCCUCGUUAUGGGAAACUCCAGUUGAUGAAGGAACCAAGAGAAAACAACCCCCAUGUGCCAGAGCUAUCUCCCCUAAACUUAUGCUCCGGUUCGAAGAUCCCAUCUAGAGCCAUUGAUGGCGGGUGGAACAUGGACAUACUUAAUUGGGACUUUGAGACAGUUGAAAAUAUACCAGAGCAGCAGAACGGGGAUGACUGUGGCUUUUACGUAUUCAACUAUAUGGUGAACUACGAUGGUCGUCGUCUUCUGAACCCUAUUACAGAGGACCCGUACUACCUCCGGAGGCAAUUUUUGAUCCACCUUUUGACUCUGCGUGAUAACGAGGCAAUACUACCAGAAUAUGUGGUGGACCGUCUUCGACAAAUUAAAGACAAUUAG